AUGGCGAUUUGGAUCUUUCAAGAGCUAAUAUACUUAAAUGCAAGCAGUGAAAACGCUCACAUCCUCAUGCACAUGUGCACGAAUCAACGAGCCUUCUCGGCCGGUUCAACCCUUCAACAAUUCACAGCACCACUGCCAGCACCUCAAGCCUCAUCGUUUGCUCAGUUUGCACCUCAAGCGCCGGCCUCAAUUCCUCAAGGACCAUCCUUUGCCCAGUCCCAACUCCCUGCUUCUGGCAUCGCUCCUAACAUUGCGGCUGCCUCUCAGGCAUCUUCUGGUUCUGGCAUCGCUCCUGGAAGAACCCUUUCAGUUGCUGUAGCAUCUGCCAACAAAGGUCCUGAGCAAACCGUUGGCCAAUACAAACUUAUUAAUUAUUUGCUUGGUAAAAAUGUUGCUGUGCACGAGUUCGACGCAAACGGCUACAACUCUGAGGGUGGUGGUCCUGUUAGCUCAGGUGAAGCGCUUUCAUGUGAUUUUGAUACACGGCCAUGCUGCUGGGCCAACAUACCUCCUCCAGAUGAUCAGUUGGACUGGCAGCUUGCGAGUGGUGCUCCACAGUCAAGCACUCUUAAGAAUGUGCCGAUGCUAGAAGGCAGUUAUCUGGUAGCGUACGCAAGCAAUGCUGCACCAUCAGACGAAGCACAGUUCGCUUCGUGUGCAAUUGGAUGUGCCUCUUCACCGAUUGUGAUCAGAGCUAGACAUUGGCAAUCAGAAAACGUUCUUCUGCAAGUAUGUCAACGAGAAUCAUUCCCAAGCACAGUGAACUACAACCCUCUGCUUAAUUGUCAAGAGUUUCCCUUGGUCAAUGGACUUGCUACCACUGAACUUAUAUUGCCGAAAGCAUCGCUUAUUGAUAUAGUUUUUGUGGCAAGUAAUUUUGUUGGAGAACGAGGUGAUAUUGCAAUACUGGACAAUAUUGAGAUCAGUUAUGAAAGCGAUGGUGAAGAAUGUGCCAUUGAUAAUGUUGAAGAGAAUACAGCUGCUGUCGAAGAGAACAAGCGAUCUUCUCAACAAAAUAAAUUCGUCGAGAUAAACUCGCAUGCCGCUCGCGAAGAGAUGCCCAUCAAGAUAUCUGCAUCACAUUCUGCAGUCAAUCAAUCAUUCUCCCAGAAAGCGUCCUCUUCAUCAAACAACCUCAGUCAGUCGACAUCUGGCAUCCAUUCAUCUGAAUCACGAUUUGAUUCAUCACAAAAUAUCCUCGAAAAUAACCAUCUGUUCGAAUCAAACCAACGCAUGUUAAAUGCUCAUGCAGCUGGUCUUAAAACUGUUAUUUCAUCGAUCAGCCCGUGUCGUUCUGCAAAAUGCUCCUUUGAGGAUGGAAGCACAUGCCAUUACAAAGACGCUCUGCAAACACAAUCUAUUCGAGGUCUUACCACACGAUUCCAGGUCGUAACUGGUCAAUUUAUGAAUCGAGUCACUGGCGUUAAAGAAGGAACAGAGGGUGACUUCUACGCAGCCACAUUCUUGUUCCCUAGAGAAAUGGCUGGUCUUGCGGUUGAGCUAAACAAUCUCACUGAAGCGAUACGAUUGCGUUUCCAGUUUUAUGAAGGAACACACGGAGUACAACUGAAGGGCUGUUGUGAUAGUCUGGAUAACUGUCCAUUCCGAUCAGACAAAUUCGUCAGUAUUUCUGACAGGACAUGGAAGCUGAGUGAUUUCACUUGCGCACCGGGCACAACUGAGAUAAUAUUCGUAUGCGAGAACACAAGGACAAAUCAAGGUGCGUGCGCAAUUGACGAUAUUCAAGUGAUUGAACGUGCGACAAGUGAUAUUCGAAAAGCAACGAUGCUUUGUUAA